CGAAUUUGUUGUCACGAAUUGACAUUACUUUUGACGUUUUAAAACUAUAAUUCUAAAUUGAUUCAUCUCAUUUUAAGUCCCUGUCUAUUUCAUUGUAAAUAUGGCCUCGUGUACGCCAUGUGGUCCUCUAUUACUAGGUCAGACAAACUCAUAUUCACCAUGUCCACCACCGAAUAUUGUGGGACCAAGUAAAUGCUGCAAUGUGUGUGUGCCAGUUAAUAUUUCGGGAACUCCACCAAUAAAAAAAGUGCCAAAAAGAUGCAAGUAUAUUCAACCACCAAGACCAAAAUCUUAUGCACCUCUAAGAAAAUUUAUACCACCUGAACUCAAAAUGGAAGAUAACACCAUUUACAGAAAAUCAUUUAUUCCAGUCGAAGGAGAAAAACCAGUUGUCAUUAUUCCGGAAAACAAUUUAUGUGUUGGUGAAGGUAAGAUAUCAGAUAAUACAGUAAACCGAAUGUCUUUCCAGCCACAUAAAGCUAAACCGGCAUGUCCCAUUUAUCCCUGUGAACACAAAUUAUUGGGAACAGGACCGAUGCAAGAUAUUACUACGAAUAAACAUGACUAUGUACCAAAGCCGUCCGUAAAGACAGUUCCAAUUAAACCUUUUGCAAAUCUAUUUUCUUCGGAUUGUCCACUGAGCAAUAAAACUGUAAACAGAUUAUCUUAUAUGCCUCAGGAUUUGGAAAAGGCAAAAGUAGUACCCGUACGACCUAUUAAUGCAAUUCCUGCACCUUCUGGAAAAAUAAGUGACAAAACUGUACAAAAAAUGUCGUAUCAGCCUUGGAAACCACCAGCGCGCAUUGAAAUGCCUUGGGCAGAAAAACCUAAAUUUGUUCCACCAAAACUUAGAAUGGAGGAUAAUACAAUUAAUAGACUCAGCUAUGGACCUCCAGGUGAAUACAUUGAAUGCGAUGAUGAUGAGUCUUGUGUACCUUGUCCCAAUUCUUAUACUGUUGCACCUCCAGUUUGUAUGGGUCCAACUCAAUGUUGUAUGUCUUGCUGUUGUCCUAAAGCAGCUUGCUAGAACUUUGGAAAUUUUUAUGUAAAACGUCUCUUUUUUUAAUAUUUA